UCCACUUAAGGAAGAACCUGCUUUCUAGAGCUGUUCUUUUUUUCUCUUUCGUGUGAUCACCCAGAUGGAGCUCUCCACUCAUGCACUUGUUUGGGUCUCCCUACUGCUGGGCGUUGGAAUGCUAAUCCAUGGCAAUCACGCUCAAGACUCACCUCAAGACUUUGUUGAUGCUCACAAUACCGCUCGUGCCGAGGUUGGUGUCGGUCCAAUCUCUUGGGACGACACCGUUGCAGCCUACGCCCAGAACUAUGCAAACCAAAGGAUCGGGGACUGCAGCCUGGUGCACUCUGGCGGCCAGUAUGGGGAGAACAUCUUCUGGGGCAGUGGGCGUGACUACACUGCAGUUGACGCCGUGAACUCUUGGGUGUCUGAAAAGAGUGACUACGACUACAGCACCAACACCUGUGCUACUGAUAAGGUGUGCGGGCACUACACUCAGGUGGUGUGGCGCAACUCUGUGCGGCUGGGUUGCGCCAAGGUCACGUGUAACAGUGGUGCCAUCUUCAUCACCUGCAACUACGACCCUGCUGGUAACGUUGUAGGGGAGAGUCCCUAUUAGAUAUACAGAACAUGCCUGCAUUUCGCUUGUCCUUCUGGCCAUGUAAUAAAGAGGACCAUAGGCUCUCUCCUCUAUAUGGAAUAAAUUGUUAGGGUGGAUGUUGUCUAUCCCCGCCCAUACAUCCCACGCAUGUCAUCCACCGUCCUCUGUUGCUUAAUUUAUCCCAUUAACUAAUAUAUAUACAUACAUGCUUAAUAUGUAAUAACAAUUGUGUGCUUUUCA